AUGUACCAGAACUUUUCAUUCACUGAGACUUUUGUCAGCGAAAUGAAGACUACAGCACUUUGUGUUUUUGCUCUGUUCCUUUCUUUGAUGUUAGUUGAGGGCAUCGUAGUUAAUCGUCCCUGCUUUGCGCCUGGUCAUUGCAAUGGAAAAGAAGUACGUGAAUAAGUAGAGAUCUCUUUCGUUUUCAAUCCAUCUAAAAUGUUUUAGAUGGUGUUAAUAUUUAAUUUAAGUUGAAUUUUCUGAGUGGUUCGAUCAGGAAUGGCAAUGUUUUUCUUUUCAAAAAGAGAAUUUCCACUAAGGAACACUUAUUAGUGAGCGUAGAAAAACCUUAUCUAUGUAUUGAGUCAUGUCAAAAUGAGCUGGAAUCUUUCAGUAAUGUUUUUUCUUUAUCAUUUCAUUCAUAUCAUUGUUGAAUGAUCCUGGUUGUUCAAUUCACUAAAAGCCGUUUUAAAUUCUUUUAGAAAAAGCCUAAAAAAUCUCCAACGGAAAAGCCUAAAAAGUCUCCAACAGAAAAGGUUGGAGAUAAAGGAGAGGCUGGAAAUUUUGAAAUGAUGAAAAUGAACAUCCGUAGACGCUUGGAGGAGGUAAGUACAGGUUUUUAAUCUAUCUUCUCUUCGGUUUGUCAGGUUAAGUCACUAUCCAAAUAGUUGAAUUGGAGGAAGAAGUCAUUCGGUUCUUUUCGUGCAUUUUACUCCAAAUAUUCAUCAGAGCUUAACGGUCUUGUUUUUUGUUUCUUUUUUUUCGAAUAAAUUUGAAGAGAAAUUUUAAGAUUAUGUUGGUUGAAUCUUUGUAGGCAAAACGUGAGCAACAGUACCGGAGAGAAAUUUGCUUACGAGCCCGCGAGCUGAGAUGUGGAAUGGAACAAAAGAAAUAG